AAGAAAGUGAACGUAUAGGAGGUCCGAAAACAAUAUACACAAACGAACUGAAUCUGUUGAUUGAUCGCAAUAAAUGAGAAGAGAGAGAGAGAAGGUUUAGCGAUGGGGAACCACGUACGUCAUGUUGUUGUGUCCCCGCUGUUAUGCUCAAUUGGGGCUAGGGAAGUGGACGAUCAUUGCAACGAACAGCGAUGGUGGCGGUAGCGAUGAUGACGAAUCAGAGGACAACGUGGCCGUGUUUUCCAGGACGAUGCGCGGCAAAGAGCAGCUAGUCUACAAGGGCCAACCGUUCGUGUUCGAAAAGCUCGUCCUCACGACGGGCGGUCAGUCGAAGAAGAUAUGGCGCUGCAAUCAAUGGUGGAACCAGAAGUGUCGGGCGCGGGUGUACACCAUCGACGAUCACAUCACACCCCUGAACCGGUACCACACGCACAGCGACAUUGUGAAACGGAAACAGCGCGUAGUCAAACGGGACAAAACGUGCGAUACCGGUGGUCCAGUCGACAAAUGAUGCUAAAGAGAGAGAGAGAGAGAUAGACAGAGCGCAUGCUGUGUUUAAGCGCAUAGAGCCCUGCAACCAUGUUGGGUUCCUUCCUUCAACCUUUAACGCGUGGCUUUAGGCAGCAUCUCUCAUUUGUAUUUUUUAGUUUCCUAUGUGUGCAUGUUGUGAUAAGAGACCGUGAAAUGGAAACGAGGAUACUUGUGACUAAAUUUUAAGGAUAUUAGUUUUAUUUUAAUAAACUCAACAGUGGGAAACUGCUGAAAUACUUAGUCAUAAUCGCCAA